GUGACUGGUCAUUACCUGAGCCCUGUGGUGAUCUCAUUUUCACUGACUAGCAAGUGGCUUUACAACACAAAAAUGGCCACCCUUGAUGUGGACAAAAAUGGCUGGAUUCAUUCCUAGUCCCCGAACGUAAGAUUAAUCAGAAUGACGUCUUUAAACCAGGCGCAUAAAACAUAUUGUCCCAAAAAGUUUUGACUUCCCCUUUAAAGUCAGGGUGCAUAUAGACAGUUGACUGGUCGCCACUGAGCGCUCGUCCAAGAAGCAGGAGCCCCGGGUGGGAGGCAAAUGCACUGAUCUCUCGUCAGCCGAGGCAUAUAGUGAGCGCGUGGGUCUUGGUCACGCGUCUUCAAUGUGGCGGCCGAUGAGUUGAUUGGUCCCAGCGUGCUGUAGCAUGUGACGAGCGGCGGCACAUGUGAUGGGUCACGCUUGAGGUGGUGGCGGCGGCGAACUAACCCAAGUCAGCAGCAUUUAAUCAGAUACAAGCAGCCCUCUGUUUGUAAGUGCUGGCCAGUCGGGCCAAGAUCAGCGGACAAAAGCCAUGUGCUUUGUGCUUUGCUUUGCUUUGCUAAGCUAUGCUAUGCUUAGCUUUUAAAGCUCAUAGUCACAUGUUAGUUUUUAGCCCGUAGAAUGAGAUACAUGCUAACGUGUGUGUGCGUGUCUGUGUGUUAGAGAGAGCGAGUGCGCGUUAGUGUGUGUUUGUGUGCGCGAGUUAGAAAAUGAGGAAUGUGCCAAUGACGUUGACAUGGUAACACAGCGACGCUGCAGUCUGAUUGGAUGAAAAGUGAAAGGCAACCAUGCGGGAAUGAGCAAAGCGGCCCGAUCAGCCUGCCAGGGCUCGCAUCGCUCCGAUUGGCUGCCGUGUGGUAGCCCUACCCCCCCGGCUAUUAUGUCACACAACAGAACUUCUAUAAGAAGAGCGGCAGCAGGCACUUGUCGUCUUCAUCAUCAUCGUCAUGUGGUGCGCUCGCCUGCAGCACGCGCUCAGGACGGUGGCGCGCUGCACCAACACUCUGCAGGUCAGUGUGUUUGUGAUGACAACAUGAAUGAAAGAACUGAAAAACAUUUGUAGAAAACAAAUGGUCGGAACUUGGGGUGUAGUAUUGGACUUCAGCGAUGAUGGAAGACAGAAGCCGACUGGACGGGCCUUACAUUUCUUCUGCCCCGGUAACAAUAAUCAAUUGGUCGAUGGUAAUGUGAUUUGAAAGAUGAGCUGACUAGAAGGGUCUGUUCUAACUUGAUUACGUUUCAAAAGUUGAGUCUUAGUACUUAGUAAAUGUUGCCUUGAGUUUCAGUUGCGCUUUGGGGCUGUUAACGCUCAGUCAGUCAGGGGAGAUGAGAUGGUUUGAUCGACAGGAGUCGCCUAGACGGACAGGUGUGUUGCCCUGUGAUGUGCUGGCAGCAGCAGCGGUGCGAUGCGGGCAUCCUGCUGGACGUGGACGGUGUGCUGGUGCGCGGCGGCUCCGUCAUCCCGGCGGCGCGGCGAGCCUUGCGGAAGCUGCUUGACCACCGCGGUGACUUCCUGCUGCCUGUCGUCUUCCUUACCAAUGCCGCAAGUUGUCGACCUGAACACAAAGCGCAACAGCUGUCGUCGCUGCUUGAUGUGCAGAUUAGUCCAGAUCAAGUGAUUUUGUCGUACAGUCCUCUGCAAGCGUUAACGAGUUUCCACGACAAAUGCGUGUUGGUGUCUGGACAAGGACCAAUCACGGACAUCGCGCACACUUUGGGUUUCAAGAAAGUGGUGAGCAUGGAGCAGCUCCGAGAACAGCACCCCCUGCUGGACAUGGUCGACCACAGCAGGAAACCCAAAGCAGCCUCAAACAUUGCGCACACGUUUCCCCCAAUUGAAGCCGUGCUGCUGUUUGGCGAGCCCGUGCGCUGGGAGACCAAUCUUCAGCUGCUCGUGGAUGUGUUGCUGACCAAUGGACGUCCGUCGGCUGCUUAUGAUUGGUCACCGGCCCAGCUGCCCGUGCUGGCCUGCAACAUGGACUUGCUGUGGUUGGCCGAGGCCCCCUCGCCGCGUUUUGGCCACGGCAUGUUCCUGCUGUGCUUGGAGUCGGCGUACAAGAAGUUGACAGGACGGGAGCUGAGCUACUGGGCGCUGCUGGGGAAACCCAGCCUGCUCACCUACCGCUUCGCCGAGCAUGCGCUCACGCGCCACAACGACCACCGCAAGGUUCAAACCAUCUACGCCGUCGGCGAUAAUCCGAUGACAGAUGUUUACGGCGCCAACCUUUACAAUCGCUACCUGGCUCAGCAGCAUCGUGCGCCCCCCGCCCACGCCAGGAUGCUGGCCCAGGGAACGGCCAAUCAGCCGGCCGUGGCCUGGCCCUCUGAUGAGCCGGCGUCUGCCACCGUGUGCUGUCAAUCCAUCCUGGUGUGCACGGGUGUGUACAAGCCGGCGUCGGCGCCCGCCCAGGAGAACGUCUUCCUGCAUGGACAUCGGGACAUGAGUGCCGAAGCCAGCCUGCUGGAGCCCGCCUUCGUGCUGGAGAACGUGGAGGCCGCUGUCGACCUUGUGCUCCGCCGACACCUCUGACCCUGCUCACUAUCGCUCGUGAUACAAUCAUGCCAAAGGACAAUCUUGUGUCCUCCGUGGACAAACGGGGCUCCCGCAGUUCCCCCCCCCCCCCCCCCCCGUUAUGCCAGCAAAAAUGUCAAGUUUACACAGGAAGGCUGCAGUCUAGAUUGGAACUCUCAACCUCACAACACUGCAGCAGCCAUUAUCCAAUGGGUGCGGUCCUUUUGUUGACCGAGUUGUCAAGGGAUUUUAUGAAGAGGCUUGUUUUGGGGGUCACACCUGAAGUGCCAUGUCUGCAGCAGGAUUGGAAACAUCAACAUUUGCCAAAUUGGACUUCUGACAUCACAAAACAACUUUGGAUCGUAAUUGACUCCCCGCCUUAAUUCUGUAAACUAACAUGUUCAUGCGAAAGACUGUAUUCAAUGUAAUGUAAAACUAUUGUUUACAAGCAAGUGUGGAAUAUAUGCACAUGGUAUUUAUUGGAUAUUAAUUCUAAUUCUCUAGAUGCUUGAAAGUUCAUGAUGUUCCAAGUGAGUUUUUUUAAUUUUUUUUAUAACUUUCUAUUUUUACCUUUAAUUAUUCAAGAAAUAACUAUGUACAUGCAGUGUUUUCUUUCUUAAAAAAUAAAUAAACCCUUUUCUAUCGAUAUAUUAUUCUAAUGCGCAAAUGGUUCUCAAAUUACCUAUACAGUACGGCAUUUUCUCAUGUUUUGUCUUCUUGGACAAAAAA